GCGGCGGCGGCAGCAGCGGCGGGAGCGGGUGGCGGCGGCGGCGGCGGCCAGCACGGAGGCGGAGGCCGAGGGGCACUGUCCGCUGGUCGCCGCGGAGAGGCGUGCGAGGCCGAGUCGGACCCCGAGGACACUGCUGCCGCGGCUCGGCCGCCAGCCGCGGGCUGGUCUCUGGCAGCUGCAGCGGCGCGGCGACCCCCAUCCCUCAGGCUCCGCUGCCCACCACCCCGCCCGCCCGCCCGCAGCCUUCUUCCUCUCGCUGCGCGCCCGGCCCGGCCCGGCCGUGGCCCUCCUCGGUGCCGGCCGCCAUGGCAGAGGCGUCCGGCGCGGGGGAAAUCUAGCCCGGGGAUUUCAUGCGGCCUAGCUUGGUUCCGCCUUCUCCCCCCGCGGCCCCGGCGGCUGCCCGCACCCCAGCCCCACUCCGGGCCUCCGUGUCUCUCCUGUGAUCGUACUGACACGGCCGGGGGGUUAGAAUGGAACAAACUGAAGGCCCGAUGAGAGAAAGGGAAAGUUAAGGAUGCUGGAGCAGAACAAUGGAUUUCUCUUUCUCUUUCAUGCAAGGGAUCAUGGGAAACACAAUUCAGCAACCACCUCAACUCAUUGACUCCGCCAACAUCCGUCAGGAGGAUGCCUUCGAUAACAACAGUGACAUUGUUGAAGAUGGUGGCCAGACACCAUAUGAAGCUACCUUGCAGCAAGGCUUUCAGUACCCACCUACAACAGAGGAUCUUCCUCCACUCACGAAUGGCUACCCACCAUCAAUCAGCAUGUAUGAAACUCAAACCAAAUACCAGUCCUAUAAUCAGUAUCCCAAUGGGUCGGCCAAUGGCUUUGGUGCAGCUAGAAACUUUAGCCCCACUGACUAUUACCAUUCAGAAAUUCCAAACACAAGACCACAUGAAAUUCUGGAAAAACCUUCUCCGCCACAGCCACCACCUCCUCCUUCGGUACCGCAGACUGUGAUUCCAAAGAAGACUGGCUCACCUGAAAUUAAACUAAAAAUAACCAAAACUAUCCAGAAUGGCAGGGAAUUGUUUGAGUCUUCCCUUUGUGGAGACCUUUUAAAUGAAGUACAGGCAAGUGAGCACACAAAGUCAAAGCAUGAAAGCAGAAAAGAAAAGAGGAAAAAAAGCAACAAGCAUGACUCAUCUAGAUCUGAAGAGCGCAAGUCACACAAAAUCCCCAAAUUAGAACCAGAGGAACAAAAUAGACCAAAUGAGAGGGUUGACACUGUAUCAGAAAAACCAAGAGAAGAUGCAGUACUGAAAGAGGAGCUCCCGGUUCAGCCAAUGUUACCAUCUGUUCCAACAACAGAAGUGUCUGCUGGUGUUAAGUUCCAGGUUGGCGAUCUUGUUUGGUCUAAGGUGGGAACCUAUCCUUGGUGGCCUUGUAUGGUUUCAAGUGAUCCCCAACUCGAGGUUCACACCAAAAUUAACACAAGAGGUGCCCGGGAGUAUCACGUCCAGUUUUUUAGCAACCAGCCAGAGAGGGCAUGGGUUCAUGAAAAGCGGGUCCGAGAGUAUAAAGGUCACAAACAGUAUGAAGAACUACUGGCCGAGGCGACCAGACAAGCCAGCAAUCACUCUGAGAAGCAGAAGAUUCGGAAACCCCGGCCUCAGCGAGAACGUGCUCAGUGGGACAUCGGCAUUGCCCACGCAGAGAAAGCAUUGAAAAUGACCCGGGAGGAGAGAAUCGAACAGUAUACUUUUAUCUAUAUUGAUAAACAGCCCGAGGAGGCUUUAUCCCAAACAAAAAAGAAUGUUGCCUCCAAAGCUGAAGUGAAAAAACCCCGAAGACCAAGAUCAGUGCUGAAUACUCAGCCAGAACAGACCAACGCAGGCGAGGCGGCCUCCUCCCCAUCAGGUACUGAAAUUCGGAGACACAGCCAGAGGCGGCACACGAGCGUGGAAGAGGACGAACCACCUCCCGUUAAAGUGGCCUGGAAAACGGCAGCAGCGAGGAAAUCCUUACCAGCUUCCAUCACAAUGCACAAAGGGAGCCUGGAUUUGCAGAAGUGUAACAUGUCUCCAGUUGUGAAAAUCGAACAAGUGUUUGCUCUUCAGAAUGCUACAGGAGAUGGGAAAUUUAUCGAUCAGUUUGUUUAUUCAACGAAGGGAAUUGGUAACAAAACAGAAAUAAGUGUCAGGGGACAAGACAGACUUAUAAUUUCUACACCAAACCAGAGGAAUGAAAAGGCAACUCAGAACCUGUCAUCUCCUGAAGCAGCAUCUGGUCCUGCAGGCUCAGUAGAGAAGAAGCAACAGAGAAGAUCAAUUAGAACUCGGUCUGAAUCAGAGAAAUCCACGGAGGUUGUGCCAAAGAAGAAGAUCAAAAAGGAGCAGGUUGAAACAGUUCCUCAGGCUACAGUGAAGACUGGAUUACAAAAAGGUGCCAGCGAGAUUUCAGAUUCCUGUAAACCUCUAAAGAAAAGGAGCCGUGCCUCAACUGAUGUAGAAAUGGCUAGUUCCGCGUACAGAGACACGUCUGACUCCGACUCCAGAGGACUGAGUGACCUGCAGGUAGGCUUUGGAAAGCAAGUCGAUAGCCCUUCAGCUACUGCAGAUGCAGAUGUUUCUGACGUGCAGUCCGUGGACUCAAGUUUGUCCAGAAGAGGCACUGGAAUGAGUAAGAAGGACACUGUGUGUCAGAUCUGCGAAAGCUCUGGAGACUCUCUGAUUCCUUGUGAGGGAGAGUGCUGCAAACACUUCCACCUGGAGUGCCUGGGAUUGACAUCACUCCCUGAUGGAAAGUUCAUCUGUGUCGAAUGUAAAACUGGACAGCACCCGUGUUUUUCAUGUAAAGUGUCUGGUACAGAUGUGAAGCGUUGUUCUGUUGGUGCUUGUGGGAAAUUUUACCAUGAAGCCUGUGUCCGCAAAUUCCCCACUGCCAUCUUUGAAUCAAAAGGAUUCCGCUGUCCCCAGCACUGCUGCUCUGCCUGCUCUAUGGAGAAAGAUAUCCACAAAGCAAGUAAAGGUCGCAUGAUGAGAUGUCUGAGGUGUCCAGUGGCCUACCACUCUGGAGAUGCUUGCAUUGCUGCCGGCAGCAUAUUUGUGUCUUCCUGCUUUCUCAUCUGUAGUAAUCAUUCCAAACGGAGCAGUAACUCUUCCUCUGCUGUAAAUGUAGGCUUUUGUUUCGUUUGUGCAAGAGGGCUGAUAGUGCAGGACCAUUCAGACCCCAUGUUCAGUUCCUAUGCCUAUAAGUCCCACUACCUACUGAACGAAUCAAAUCGUGCAGAGUUGAUGAAAUUACCUAUGAUUCCUUCUUCGUCAGCUUCCAAAAAGAAAUGUGAGAAAGGUGGAAGAUUGCUCUGCUGUGAGUCGUGUCCAGCUUCCUUCCACCCGGAGUGCCUGAGCAUAGAGAUGCCAGAAGGCUGCUGGAAUUGCAAUGACUGUAAAGCUGGCAAGAAACUACAUUACAAGCAGAUUGUUUGGGUCAAAUUGGGAAAUUACAGAUGGUGGCCGGCGGAGAUCUGCAACCCCCGGUCCGUGCCACUCAACAUCCAGGGCCUCAAGCACGACCUGGGGGACUUCCCCGUGUUCUUCUUCGGCUCUCACGACUACUACUGGGUACACCAGGGCCGAGUGUUCCCUUACGUCGAGGGAGACAAAAGCUUUGCUGAGGGACAGACUAGUAUUAACAAGACCUUCAAAAAAGCAUUGGAAGAAGCUGCAAAACGUUUCCAGGAAUUGAAAGCACAAAGGGAAAGUAAAGAAGCACUAGAGAUUGAAAAAAACUCAAGAAAACCCCCUCCUUACAAACACAUCAAAGCUAACAAAGUCAUAGGGAAGGUACAGAUCCAGGUUGCAGACCUGUCGGAGAUCCCCCGCUGUAACUGCAAGCCGGCUGACGAGAACCCGUGCGGCCUGGAGUCCGAGUGCCUGAACAGAAUGCUGCAGUAUGAGUGUCACCCGCAGGUGUGCCCGGCGGGGGAGCGCUGCCAGAACCAGUGCUUCACCAAGAGGCUCUACCCGGAUGCGGAGAUCAUCAAGACGGAGCGGAGAGGCUGGGGCCUCAGGACCAAAAGGAGCAUUAAGAAGGGAGAAUUUGUAAAUGAAUAUGUUGGCGAACUAAUUGACGAAGAAGAAUGCAGAUUGCGAAUCAAGCGAGCCCACGAGAACAGUGUAACUAAUUUUUAUAUGUUAACUGUUACCAAGGACCGUAUCAUUGAUGCUGGCCCAAAGGGAAAUUAUUCUCGCUUUAUGAACCACAGUUGUAAUCCAAACUGUGAAACACAGAAGUGGACAGUGAAUGGAGACGUUCGAGUCGGACUUUUCGCUCUUUGUGACAUUCCUGCAGGGAUGGAGUUAACAUUUAAUUACAACCUGGACUGUCUGGGCAAUGGCAGGACAGAGUGCCACUGCGGGGCAGACAACUGCAGUGGUUUCCUGGGCGUGCGGCCGAAGUCGGCAUGUGCAUCCACGACGGAAGAAAAGGCAAAAAAUGCGAAGUUAAAGCAGAAGAGACGAAAAAUCAAAACAGAUCCCAAGCAGCUGCAUGAAGAUUACUGCUUCCAGUGCGGGGACGGCGGCGAGCUGGUCAUGUGCGACAGGAAGGACUGCCCCAAAGCCUACCACCUGCUCUGCCUUAACCUGCCUCAGCCGCCCUACGGAAAGUGGGAGUGCCCGUGGCAUCAGUGUGACGAGUGCAGUGGCGCAGCUGUUUCCUUCUGUGAGUUCUGUCCACGUUCAUUUUGUAAAGAUCAUGGAAAGGGGGCCCUGGUGCCCUCCGCCCUGGAAGGCCGUCUCUGCUGCUCUGAACAUGACCCUGUAUCUCCUGUGUCACCCGAAUACUGGAGCAAGAUCAAAUGUAAAUUGGAAUCACAAGAUCACGGAGAAGAAGUCAAAGAAUAAACGGGCGGUGAUUUCCUUCUUUUUCUUUUUAUUUAAAUG